AUGAAAUUUAGAAGGUGCAACUUUAGUAUGCAGAGUAAGGGUAACUGGCAACUUCUUAAAAAUGACUUGCAUUUGAAAGGAGAUUUAAUUUCAUUACGUACAUAUUUUGGCACGUUUUCACUCGAAGAGUCACGUAAAGUAAUAAAUUCCCCUGAUGCUCAUAAUGAUACUUUAAUACAUUUUGCAGCACGUUUUCAUAAACUUGAUAUAUUAUCUUUUCUUGUUCAAGACAUGGGUGGUAAUGCCAUGGCUGUGAAUGAACAUGGACGUCAACCGUUACAUGAAGCAAUUGAUAGUUUAGAUUGUGUAAAAUUUUUAUGUGAACAAAAUGUAGAUGUCAAUUGUAUGAAACGUGGUGAUUGGACACCCAUAAUGAUUGCUGCAAUGAAAGGUAGACUUGAUAUUGUAAAGGUUCUUGUCGAUCAUGGCGCCAAUGUAAACUUUCAGAAUAAAGACGGUUGGAAUUGUCUUCAUUUUGCUGCAAAAGAGGGUCACCUUGAUAUUGUAAUAUUUUUACACUCAAUUUCACCAUCUCAAAGUUUAAUCCCAAGCAAAUCUGGUCGUUUACCAAUUCAUACAGCUGCAUUAUUAUCAUCUCAAAAAGAUUUGCUUGGUUUAUUAUCAUCAGUAGACAACAGUGGAACUUCUUUAUUACAAAAUGCUGUAGUCUCUGGAAAUCUUCUGAUGGUUAAAAAACUAAUUCAAGAAUACCGCUGUUCCAUAACCCAUAAAGACAAAUUAGGAAGGCAAGUAAUACAUAAUGCUUCGAUGAUUGGUGAUCUAAAUAUGAUUAAACUUUUAGUUGAAGCUGGAUGUAAUGUCAAUGAAAAAGAUGAAUGGGAUGGUUGGACUUCUUUACAUCACGCUUGUAAAGAAGGUCAUAUAAAUGCUGUAAAUUAUUUGGUGAAUGAGUGUGAUGCGAAUGUGGUUCUCAGAGAUAAACAUUCAAGGUGUGCUUUGGAAAUUGUUUUAUCUUCAACAGCCUUAAAGAUCUUUAAAUUUGCUAAAUUAGUACCGUAUUCGGAUAUUACCAUAGCUAAUAUCGUACUUGAGGAUCGAGAUGUUAGAUGGGGUGUAAAUCAAUGA